UUGGUCAGAGCGUGCCGCGUGCCACAAUGUGUGUACACAGUGCUGUAACGUGUUGUUGGAGCUGUGCUUCGUUACGUGACACAAGAAACAACACAGUGUGUCGGCCGCUAUUGUUAGGCUCUUCUUCUAUCGGAGGAAUACGGCUUCUAUUUUCUUGGUCAACACAAGUCGGGGGCAGCGUGUUGUUUGACAAAGACACAGUUGUCGUCUGGUGGUUUUAUAAAAACUCGGAGCUAUGUAAACAGGCUAGAACACUAACUUCAUGGAUACCAGUGUUGCAACAAACUUACCUCCAGACAAAAUGACGUCAAUGGUGGGUCUAGAGAUUCACGAGGCGGCGUCUGUUGGGGACUUUGAUUCUCUGGAGGAGCUCAUCAAGAGUGGCAAGUUUGACGUCAACACGGGGGACGAGGACUGGAACAGGAAGACGCCCUUACACUGGGCUUGUCAAAGAGGUUUUGUUGAAUGUAUUCGACUUCUGCUAGACAACGGGGCCAAGGGUACGGUCCGCACCGAGACGGGUUGGACACCCGCCCACUGCGCAGCUGAGACCGGAAAGGUCACGGCCCUGAGGGCGCUGCACGCUGCCAACAUCCGGGUCGACAAGAAAGACAACUACGGCUGUACGCCAAGACGUCUGGCGGAGAUCUACGGCCACCAUGAGUGUGUCAAGUUCCUUAUACAGGCCGAACAAGAAAUAGAAGAGAGGCGCCAGGCUCUGGGCUUAACCGACUCCACCGACGAAGAAACGGAAGAGGACACAACAAUACAGACCAGCGUUGAAGACGACAAGAUAGAAAAUAUAAAACAGAAAACAAAAAAUAAAUGA